UUCCCAGUGUUCAAUCAAUAGCAAAAGUGUAAAAAUCAUUUGAAAAUUUGGGGAAAAUGGCUGACGGUGUAAAUUUCGAUUCCGAGUGGAGAAUUUUAUGAAAAUUAUUAAUUAGAAUUGAUAAAAUAUGCCGCGGUAUCAAAUGAACAAUUCUUCGCUAACUUAAAUUUAUAGUGAAUAGUGAGUUGCAGUGAUAUUACAGAUGGGCUUUGCUGAACUUGCUGGAAAAAGAUCAAUAAAAACCGAAGAACCGUAACGCAAAAGAAGAAUUGACUAAUCAAAAUGGAAGAAUUUAAAAUGAUGAAUAAUUCUGCAUACGAUACAAAUGUGGUACAUCAGAAUCAAACCGCUAUUCCACAUCAGGCACAUCCUGGACAUACGCCACAUCAUACAAAUAUGCCACCAGCUAUUAGUGGCUUUUUUCAUCCACAUGCUUCGACACUACCAAUAGCUGCUCAUCAGCAUGCACAAUUGCAACAUCCCGCGGUCAGUACUGGUGGGAGUAAUGACCGACAAGUUGCUGCCAAUUCGACGGCCGCUGCUGCUUCUCAUGCUACUGGCCUUUUCGAUCAGGGUCAAAUGCAAUUGACCAAUACUAUGGAAAAAUCGUUCUUUAAUGGAAUGCAAACAUCUGACACAAGCUUCUUUAGUGGAGUGCCACCAAAUGUGACAACUUCAGCAGCAAACUCAGUUCAUCAAAUAACAUCACAACAGCCACAUCAACAACAAAGCAAUACAAUAUUAAUAACAAAUAACUUUUCUGCCCAUCAGUAUGGAAGUACAAAUUCACAGUUACCCGAUGUUUCGUCACAGAUGCUUCCUCGGACAAUCGGAGACAUUGUUAGUGGUGUCACAACAGCAGGUGCCGCAGCUCCUGGUAGUUAUAACAAUGCCAAUGCUGCCAACAUUCGCAUUAUUACAACACUCCCCAGUACGUUACACCAGCCCCAGAAGCAACAAAACCAGCCAAUGUAUAACAUUGGUAAAGAAGUCGAAGCAUCUGUGCAUGAGGACAUAAUACAACUGCCACAGUUUUACCAUACGCCACAUCAGCAACCGUCAGCUUAUGCUCCGCAUUUGUCAACAUUAUUACCGUCCCAUUUCACCCAACAGCAUUACGCCGCGACAGGUACUGCUCCAGCUUCUUUACAGUUACAACAAGAUGAUUUGCAACAACAGCACCCGUUUUUUGUGCCAUUAACAAAUAAUGGUGGUGGUGUCUCACCAACUGCAGCCGUUCUUACAGCUACACCUAAACUCAUGACGACACUUACUUCUGAAGAUAAACCUGGUAUUGAUGCAGUAACCACCUCACCAGCAAUGAUUACUUCGCCAGGAACCACCACAAGCACGAAUUCAACUCUUGUAUUGGAUCGUAUUAACAUUUGUAUAAAUAAUCACUACUCCGACUCCCUACCCCUGAAUAACGGGUUAUCAAACACAUUAGAUUGUAUUGGCACCACCACAACUGCUGCAACAACACCAGUUGCUCACACAUUUUCGAUGGCUACGCAUGCUCCACAACAGCCAUCGCCCAUUAUACCAGCUAUACAUCACAAAGUGUUGCUGGAUUCAGCUAGUAGCGGUGGCGCCGGGGGAGUUCUAAAUACCGAUUCUUAUACCAGCCAAGAUUCUACUUUGGUAAUAGACGAACCCGACUCAACUACCACAACACCCCAUACUCCACCGACUACGCCAGAAAAUAAUUCACCGCCGUCACCGCCAACGAAUUUGGCAUCUACAAGAUCAGCAAUAGUACCACAAUCAAUAUUAGCUCAAAAUAUAAUUGGAGAAACAGUCGUUGCUGGAAAAGAGAACUAUUCUGCAGCUCAAACAACAGUUUGUGUGUCCUCAUUUAAGGCGUCAAUAAAUAAAGCACAACACAAAAUGUCAACUUGUACAUCCGGUCAAUCUAUUACUACAAUAUUAAUUGACGAUGAAAGCGACUAUAUAAAAAGCGGCUUGGAAAAGGAUGCAGAUUCUGGAAGAGGUGGGACUGCUGGAAACACUCUGAACGAAAGUGUUAUGGAAAUAGAAGAUAAUGAGGUGGAUGACUUAUCAACACAGGAUACUGUAAGCAUGAUGAACAAUACCAAAUCUGGAGACAUCACGGAUCUACGUCCAAUACACCAAGAGCUUGGUAUUGCUAAGUUGGAUGAAUCCAAAGGAGAAACCGUUAUGCAAGAAUCACAGUUGGAUUCUCCCCCAUCGCCCACACCAGGAAAACCCGUUGAAAUAAUAUCAAAUGAAACUUCCUUAUCAGUCACAAUCCUCACUCCACCAACGCCCACAAGUUCAUCAGCAACCUCAGACGAUGAGCUGAAAAGUAUAAGCUCUAAAGAGAUCAGUUUCGCCAUGGGUGAGGAUGUGUUUAUUCGCAAAGAAGAUAGUCGCCAGUAUCUUGGCACAGUGAUCGGAAGUAGCGCUGGUGGUGGACUGAACAAGCCACAAUAUAUUCAGUAUUUGAUCCGCUUUGAUGAUAACUCAGAGUUAUGGUGCGGCAUUGAGGACAUGAGGCGGUUUGGCGGUAGUGGUGGAAGCGGUAACGCGCAAAUGUGUGUAGCUUGUAAGCGCCCUCAAGUACAAGACGUGGUGGAAACUUGUGAAGAUUGUAGGCGUGGUUAUCACCGGGGCUGCACUAGAGAAACAAAACCGGGCAGUGGUGUAUGGUGGUGUUUACGAUGCAGCAAGCCCAUGAAGAACCCAAUACACGAAGCCCACAAGGCUGCUAGCAAGCCAUUAUUGCAGCACAACAGGAGUUAUAAGAACACUGGUGAUAUUUCCAAGACAUUGGCUUCUCAAAAACUGAAAACUCCAGCAGAUGUUUAUGAAUUUCACAUUGAGGAUAGCGAGACAUUUACUUCAGAUGAUGAAAUUCCCAUAAAACAUAUUAUGGAAAAAGCACGAAAAAGUAGGGACCCAACUCAAAACUCCAAUGCCAUUAGUAUCCGGCCGAAGUCAAUCAAGAAGCGCAACAAUUUCGAUGAUAUGUUAUGUGAAGAAAUUGUGUCUCUGGAUGACGAGAACGCAAAUGAUGCAAACAGUGUCAGCAAAAUGCCAGUGUCCUCCCUAAUGGAUAAAGUUAAAGAAAAAGGCCUGCAAAAUGGCAUGUCAUCUAAACCAUCUAAAUGUGCUACUAGUCUUAACCAAGGCAAAGAAAGAAUUGAUACUGGUGGGAUAAUCCAUGAUAGUGUUCUUGUACCUCAAACAGUUGACCACAAAAGUACUUCAUCUGUUUUCAUAAAAGAGUCAUCAGUAACAACAGAGCGCAGCAGUCGUAAGCGCAAGGCAUUCACAUUAUCAAAUUCCUACAAGGAGGUUGCCGCUGAAGCAGCAUCAAAGCGCUACGAUAGCAGUCGCAUCUGUGACUCCUCUUCUGAUGAAAACUCGUCAAGUAGCCGCGGUACUUCCCUGGAUGUCAUCAUACCGCCGCCGAAAAACUUUCUUGGUCUUAAUAAUCCCUUUCGAAUGGUUACACCUAAGAAGAACUCGUCCGCAUCACAUGCAGGCGGUGGUGUCAAAAGCUUACUAAGCUUCAAUUGCAAUGGCACAAUGAUUAAAAGCAGUAUUUUUAAUACAACAGCCUUGGAUUUCAGCUCCAAGUUGGCAGCGCUUAAAAGCGCUGGCAUGUUCCCAAACCUUAGUACAAGUAAUUUAGCCAAGGCUGCCGGCCAGCCCCGGACAGUGCGCACGAUCAAGAGAAGACUGAGUGCCAAAGAUAUAACAAUCGGCCCAAACCAAGAGGUGCGUAGAAGAAGAACUCGUCGCCUAUCCUCCAAUGUAGAGGUUAUUAGUACAACCACAAUCAAUCCCAUUCCCAGCAAUUUCUUCCCAAUACAUGCCAAAGAUUUGCUUUCUACACAUACACAUCUCAUUACGAGCGGCUCUAAGAAUAUGUCAUUACAAAGCAAACAACAAAAAGCAGCCGCAUCCGUAUUCGUUUCUUCAACAUCCUCGUCCGCGUCGGCCUCGGCGUCUUCAUCACCACCUGGUUCAGUGACUUCAAGUGUGGAAUCGCAAGUCGAAGUUUUACCACCAUGUAAACCGUCGCACGGACGCCGUUUAAGGCAGCGCCCACAAAAGAAUUCUCCUGUCAACAGUCGCCGCAGUUCAAUCUCAAGCGCAAGCACGGCUUCUUCGACUAACUCCUCCAGCAACAUUACAUUAGCUGCAUUGCAGCAACAACAGCAAGCAAUACGUACCAGCGGUAAUACAAAUACGGGCAGUGCAAAUGCGACUAGUAUGCAAGAUCUGAAACAAUCAGUUAAAGAAUAUUUCGGUGGAGUAAUGAACCGUAUCGAAUCUGGCGAGCAGUUUUGCAUCCGCGCUAAAAGACAAUUGGCAAGUGGACAGAUGCAAUAUCUGAUUGAAUGGGGGGAUGUUACUGGGGCAUUGCAGCAACCACAAACAACACCGACAUCCAGCACAACAGCAGCGUCGUCGGCAUCUGCAACUGAAACAGGAGAAGUCGAUCAAUAGAGAAUCAGUGCUUUUAAAGGGGCGUUAAAUUGGUUUUAAAGCCCUAAAUUUCGGGUUACGUCUUCGGCAUGUAAUUGUGGAUUUGCAAAUUGUAAGUAUAGCGUUACAAUAUAUUUAAGUUUUUAAAUUUAUUUAUAUUUAGUAAAGUUAAGCCGUUUUCAUUGUGGAUAGUUAAGGGGAUUCGGCAGUUAACUGUAGAUUUUCAAGAUAAAAAUGGUAAGUUAGGUGCCGAUUGUGAGUUAACUCUUAACUAUGUAUGUCGUAAAUCGCGUUAAUUGGCUGUUAUUUUAUUUCCAGUUUUAAAAAUACAUUAGCAAAUCAAUUUGCAAAAAAAAAACAAAAUUUAUUUAAAAUGUUUUCUAUGGUUUUCUUAGCAGGAAGAAGUAACUUGAUUUGCGAUUUUAGAAUUUAUUAUUUAUUGUUUGGAAUCAACGACAGUGGUAUUUUUUUAAAUUCAAGUCCUUUUUAUUUUAUUUGUUUGCCUGAUCAUUAUUUACUGCCUUAAUUAUAAAUUAUCUAUUCUUGAAAUCUUUCUUAACAAAAUACAGGUUUGAACGUGCAAUGGCUGAAUUAGUUAUAAAACCAUACAAGUAUAAACUAUCAUAUGUAUAUAAAUGUGAAGGUGAAUAUUGCAAGAUUUAAGUUACUGUUCACUGCUGUGUUACUGCAAGAUUGAAAUGCAAUUCUUCAAAGCUCAAAUGACCCCUAAAAGAUAUAUGUAUGUAUGUAUGUAUGCCAAGUUAGCACCUGUUAAUCAUAUAAAAACUGAACUGAAUAUACUAAAAACUGAGGUUAAGAAGUUGUGGGGAAUUCAUUUAGAUUUAUAAUUAAAAUAACGGCUUGGUAAGCCCCUAGCCGAUUCCAUUUGCAUAGCACACAAAAUAAAUCGCAAAAAAAUUUCCUUAUUACAUAUGUACAUAUUUGGAAUUUCAUUGAAACUUGUAUUUUUUCUUAGACGAUUUGGAUAAAAAAGUUGCUGUUAUUUUAAAAACAGGCAAUGGAUUUAAAUGGAAUUAAUAAACAAUUUUAUGAGUAUUAUAAAUACAAACAUUUUUAAUUUGAAUAAAUCAUUAAUUAAGUUCGAGUUUAGUAUAUAUUCUGUAUGUAUAUUUAUGUAUUUGAGGAAUAAUAAUAAUAAAUAUG